AGAUGCUGAAGAAUGCUCAAAUAUUGAGUGCCGCGUAAUCGUUGGCACCUGGUUUGGCGAAGGCGCUGUGUUAGGAUGCUUAGUCUGAGGUCGGCCAGAAUGAGUAGGCUGGUCAUUGGUACUUUUACAUUUCUUGUUUUCGGAACGACUGUUCUGCUCUUCAUGGUACACGACGCACGAAAUGAAAUUCGCGAGAAGGAAGAGAAAGCUCGUCAAUGCUACCAGAAUGCCGAAUCACUGAAUUCACAGCUUCAUGUCUCAAAAGGAAAAGUCAAACAACUUGAAGACUCGUUGCGAAUGGAGAUCGAUGCGCGCAAGGAAGAAACGAACAAGCUCAGGAUGAACGUUGAAAAAUUAACCUCUCUCAGAACGCAAGAUCGCACAGACAAAGAAAUCGCCUCAAAACGAAACGAGGAAACCAUAUCUUCCUUACGGAAGCAAAUCGAUGAGUUGCAAGAUGAACUCAGCAAGGCCGUAGAAACGAACCAUGAUUUAUUGCGCGACAAGGCUAAUCAAGCUUCUCGCGUGGAUGAAGCUGUUCGGGAACUUGAGAAAUACAAGUUGCAGGCGUCAGACAUUACUAGGGUCAGUUUGGUUGACGAAUUUCAUUCCCAGGACGAAAUGAAGCGACAGAUCGAUGAAUUGAAAGUGGAGCUUGGAGAUGGCGGUAACUGCAAAGCCAAACUGGUCGAACUUCAGAAAGAACUGGACGGUGCCCACGCGAAGCUGGCUGAACUAGGCUUCAAAAAGAACGACUCUUUGAGAAUUAACCCUGGUGGUGCCUUAUCAUCGAUUAAACCGAGCUUAUCAUCUGCGCACGUCGAAAAUUCUGCCGCGCUGAAGGACGGAGUGAGUCGUCCGAAAUAUUACCCGUUGGUUGAUGUGCGCGGGCGCAAGAUGAAUCGCGUUGGUGUGGGUCCUGCACCACAUGCCAUGAAUGUUGGUGGCAACGCUAAAUUGCAGAAUGCUUCCAAAGAAGCGAACCGGGAGAAUGUAGACAAGGUAUCGUCACCGAAGCCCAAGGCUGAAGAAGUUAAACCGAUGGCUUCUGUCAUCAUCUGCUUCAGAUACAAGAAAGCCGGCGUCAAGAACGUAUUGCAUGUUGAAGAUAAAGCUGCACAACUCGAAAAUAACGAAGUCGAACCAAGGCCGGGUUGGAACAGGCGCUCUGGUGCUGUCCCCAUAAAUAAAGCACAUCGAGGCGAUCAGAAUCAAGUUGCGAAUAAUUACGCCGACUUCGAUGAUGGUGAUGCCAACCGACAUCAUUUCGAUCAAGUUGGUGACGCCGAGGUUCCUGUUGACCGCCUGAAACCUCGUUAUGACUACAUUGGAGAAAGCAAUCAGGAAGAAGGUGAUGACGCCGUCGAUGGAAGAAUACCAGUUCCUGGCGAAGAUGAAAUCAAGGAUGAUAAUAUCAUACCUGCUCCUCCUCUGGAACAACUCGGUCAUCGGGCGGCUAAUAUGGUUUUCCAAGAGCACAAGCGACGACCAAUGCGCCAAGUUAGGAGUCGUGGAGAAGCUGGUGAAGUUUUUGUUGUGUCCGGAAAUGAUGGAGAGGAAGGAGUAAUGGUGAACCCGCAUUGAAGAUCUCGAAAUGUUCGUCGAAGAGCGGAAAAUCUACUUCUGACCAAAAUAUUUCUUCGCGGUGCAAGAGGAGCUUCAUCGUGGGUUCAUUCAAACUGUAGCUAAUGUAAUUUUCGUACAAAGUUUUUUUGCUGCAAUUUUGACGUGCUGCGACUGAAAAUUUUCGUUUGGAUCUUUGGGGGUACUUUUUACGAAGCCUUUUUCCGUGAGGCUGUUCCCGAUAAAAUUCAUAAAAGAUCGCCUCCUUGUUCUGAGUUCCAAUACAUUUAUUUUUGUUCACCUCUCGGACAUGGAUUGUACUGUAUUGGGAAGUUGUGGGUGUUCCCGAUUGAAAUGGGUGUGCGUACGCAUUGCUGUGUUUUGUGAUCUGACGUCGCACGGUUUUGAAGGCGCAUUUUUUUCAGUCUGUCAUAUCGUUGAAAUAUGAUAAUGCGCUCAUGUGAUAUGGGAAGAUUCGUGCGUGUCCUUACGGACGUGGUGAUGUUUCCGAAAUCCAGACUCAUGCAGGAUAGCGUUUCAUUUUCACGUAGUUCAUUUUGGUGCCCCAGAAACCUUCGGUUCAAGCUUAAUUGACUCUGCGGUAGUGUGAAGUGGGGCAAUGUACCACACUUCUUUCGGAAGGAUCUUCUGGCAAAGCGUUUGUAUCAGCUAGCGACACGUUGUGAUAUUACCCUGCGAAGUAAUUUGAACCAUAGAAGUUGUCUACUCUUCGUUGACUGGCGAACUCGACCUUGUUAUGCUCUGGAGGCAUUCUGAAGAUGUUCCCGGGAAAAAAUGGGUUGUCUUUUUAACCAUUUCGGGAUUUUUCUGGUGCGUUUUGGUCGCAUUCGAACUUUCGUUCAGUGUUCUUCAUGAAAUAUACGAUUUAGUUUUGAA